CAAAUUUUCAGCCAAAAUGCCUACAAAAUGGACGGAAAGCGCUGAAGCCACGCUUGUCGAGUUGACAUCAAAAUCCCGACCUCUAUGGACUGUGAGAGCUAAGAAAGAUUUCGGUGAUAAUGAGAUGAUCGAAAUGUUUCGUAUCCGUGAGGGCCUCAACUCCAAGACCUCUAGUGCAUUUACCGUCGAAAUGAUUAUGGAAAAGUGGCUGGAGAUCCGUCUCCUAUUCGAUCUCAAGUACGCAAUGAACGGAUACACUUUGGAGGAUCGUGGGCAUCACAUCCGCCGUGACGGAAGCUUGAAAGACGAUUUGAACGAGAGUUGGAAGCUCUUUAAGAAAUUGGACUUUUUGGUGGAUCCCAGCGCUGGCGAGAAGAAGGUCUUCAAGUGAUUUAUUGAUUUAUUGAUUUUUUUUGGUAUUUGCUACGAGUUUUUGUGUAUUUUGAAAACGAUCUCCAUAUCUUCUUGAUAAAUAAAUUAUUGAUUUU